ACCAACCCGAUAAAUGGGAUAAAAUAUUUUUAUUUUUUAAUUUAAUAGAAUUGAGAAAGUUCGUUGAGAAACUUGGUGUAUGGACGAUGUGUAAACUCCUCGGAGUGGUGAGGAUUCCGCCGUCUGAAGAGGGAUGGUAAAGGACGAUGGACGGGUCCUGGAGAUCGCAAUGAUUGGCUGCGAGGAUGAAGGAAAGGGCAAGAGAUCCUGGAGGGGAGACGAGCCGAGGGAACGCGCAAGCCACGUCAAGUCGUGGUACGGAUACGGCGCCUUCGCCGAAGACGACGAUGGAUCUCAAAGAACCCUGCUCUCCAGCAAAGAGAGACUGAAAUGGAGAUCCAGUCUGGCCCUGGGUUCUAUUCUGAGCAAAUGGUCGCGAUCAAGGAUGGAUGUGGGUAGCUCGGGGGGCAGUAGCGAUGCACUCAGAAAGGUACAUACGGUCCUCGCCCUUUCCGAAGAGCCUAUGAGGCCUGUGAACCGUCUACGGCACCAUAACAUCAUGUGCUCGAGGUGUUCGUCUCUCCUUUCGAUGGCCUCAUCUUCGAGGUAUUCCAUCACCACGGACGGAAACUACGUGCAAGUAGGAAGGUCGUCGUCACCGGUCCCGCCUAGCCCGACAAUCCUCUGUAAAGUCUGCCUCAGCACAAUUCCAGAGAGCAGCAUGUGGACCCUUCAGUGCUCCUGCAUCUUUUGCAUUGAGUGUAUGAGAGCGUAUGUCGAAUUUGAAAUAAGCCAGGGUGCCUAUGAAAUCUCGUGCCCAGAUGCCAUGUGCAAAGCUCAGGGUGUAGUGUCUCUUAGCGAGAUUGAAAAUCUAGUCAAUUCUGACGUGAUGGAAAAGUAUAGAAGAUACAGACUUAAUAGAGAAGUCGAAGAUGAUAUCAGGUUGGCAUGGUGCCCAUCGGCAGGCUGUGAGACGGUCUGCCAGCUCACACAGCCAUCGUCAGCCCACCGAGUCCAUUGUCCGUCCUGCGCCACCGACUUUUGUUCCUUGUGCAGGGGUCCGUGGCAUCCUUCCGGGCCUUGUCCCCAGGCCGGCCCUGCACCGGGCAUCCCGUUUGACUCGGACCUGAUUAAGUGCUGUCCAAUGUGCGCUGUGCCCAUUGAAAAAGAUGAAGGUUGUGCUCAGAUGAUGUGCAAGAGGUGUAAGCACGUCUUUUGCUGGUACUGUCUUGCAUCGCUUGAUGAUGAUUUUCUUCUCAGACAUUAUGACAAAGGGCCAUGUAAGAACAAGCUUGGUCACUCGAGAGCGUCGGUUAUCUGGCACAGGACUCAGGUCAUCGGGAUUUUUGCGGGUUUCGGGAUUCUGCUCUUAGUCGCUUCGCCGCUCCUCCUUCUUGCUGCGCCGUGCAUAGUCUGUUGUAAGUGCCGUGUAUGCACAGGUGGUCCUAGACUCGACCCUGAAGACGAUCUUCCAGAGGAGUCAGCAUCGUGAAAUACGAGAUCUCAGUUUAUAAUUCGAGAGUGUUAAUUAGCUACUUUGUUUUCAGUAAAUAAGAAUAAUUGAAAGUGCCUCGUCGAGACUGUAAAAAAUUUAGAGGCUAGGUUUGAAAACAUAGUCAGCUUUGUUUUCAUAAUUCACAACUCAACUAAGAAGAAAACACUGAAAUUACUUUUUUAUACUUUCGUUGGUUUAAAAAUUCUGUUUCUUCUUGUUAAAAUGUUUUGUGAUGUUUACUGAACGCAAAGUAUAAAACUAUUUUGUUUAGGUUUUUUGUUCGAUGUCAUAAACGUGGGGAAAAAGUGAAUAAUUACAAAACAAAGGCUGUGAACCUAAUAAAUGAAAAGAUUAUCCUGUAAAAGAGAAAGAAAAAAAUUACUGAAAAUUUUCCCUCACUGCCCGUUGUUAGUCUUUAUCAUUUUCCUCAAUUUUAUUUUGUAAAUUGUGAAUAAUUUUAAAACUGAUAAUAGCGAUCAUUUGUAAAUAGAAGUAAAUUGGUUUAUUUUUUUAUAUUUUAAAAUCAUAAUUUAAUUCUCCUUUUUUUUUUUUUUUUUUUUUUUAAAUGAAAAAUUUUGAAUUGAACUUACAAUUACCUAUUCCUAUAGUCAAAAAUUAUGAUAUAGAGGAACAAAAAUAAUAAAAGACGACAAUUUUUUGGGUACUACUUUAAUAAUUAAUAAAUAUAUGAAUGAUAUAUAAAUAAAAGUCAGAUCUGAGCGAUUUAAUGUUAUAUACAAUUUUGCAGGUCCACAUGCAAGAUUAUUUAAAAAGAAGAAGUUCCAACAGCAUGAAAAUCAAAGAAGCCUGAUAAGAUAUAGAGAAAGAGAAAGGAGAAACAAGAUAAAAUAAAGGAGAAGAAACUAAUAAAGGUUUUCAAUAAUGUAAUCAAUUUGCCUUUCUUUUUCUUUAUAUGAAAUGUGGCUCAUCUGAACUUUUAAGUAGGCAACGCUUCAUAGAAAUUCCAUGAAAAGUGAAUAAAUAUAUAUAUAUUGAAAUUUAUAAUAAUAAAAAAAAUAUCUGUACAUAUUAUAAUAAUAAGAAGAAAAAAAUAAAAUCAAUUUAUUUUAUAUAUGCAUAUAUAACUCUGUUUUUACUAUUUUUUUAAGUACUUAAUUAGUUUAGAAUUCACAAGCUUUAAUUUUACAAUGGACAAAAGAUAGCACCCCUUUCCCUUAAUCUUAAACUUAUAUUAAUUACUGUACUUAAAAAAAAUAUUUUUUCUUUUUGAUUUUAUUUUGUGUUAUUUGGCUUAUGCAUUCCGAUCAUGGAAUAUUACGGCUCUUGUACUUGUUAAUGUGAAUAUUGUAUAUAGAACUAUGAUAAAAAGAAAAGUAACAAAAACUGUGCAAUUUUUAAAUUUAGAUUUGUUAAUAUUUUUUUUAAUACUAUUAUUAAAAGGACAAAUGGACUAUAGAGAAAAAAUUUUAAUUAUUGUAAUUAUAAACUUAAUGUUAUGUUUUAAAAAAAAUGAUAAAAAGGAGCAAAACUAAAAAAAAAAAGUUUCUACUCUUUAAUGAAUUUUAUCAGUUUCUAGUUGCGGUUAUAGCUUUUCCAAGGUGCUUCCUUGUAAUUUAUCAUCAUAAUGAUGUAAAACAAAAGAGAUAUUAAAAUUAUAAAAAAUUGUUUUUUAA